AUGGAAAACCGAAGUUUGGAAUCGAAUACGACCAUACGCAGUAGUCUGGAUAUAUUCGAAUCAGAUGCUGUCAACAUCACGCUGAAAUCUUUGUACGUUAUUAUUGUUGCUCCAGCCAUAGCAGUCAAUUGCUUGAUUUUAUAUUUAUUAAUCACUAAGAGAAUAAAAUCAUCCAACUUUACAUUGUUAUUAUACCAUCUGGUAACAGCUAAUACCAUCUCUGGCAUUUCAGUGUUACCUUAUGUUUUUAUUGAUGUUCACAAAUUAACGAUACGAAACGAUAUUGAAGGAACUGUAGUAUGUUGGAGUACAAUUGGACUUUGCUUCUUUUACGCAACAGGGGCCAACCAGGUAUUCUUUGUAUGUUUCAUAAGUGUGUUCAGACUCUUCAAGAUAAAGUGGAGAAGACAAGCAUCCCAGUACUUUACGAAACAAAACAUCCAGAAACUCUCGAUCUUCGCUUGGAUUGCUAGUAUGUCUGCAAUGAUACCAAACAUCACAUCCUGGACCUACAGAACAGAAUAUGGAUAUUGCAAACGCAAUUGGAGCUCUCCAGUACUAGGCACUGUUUACACCUGCAGCAACUUUUUGAUUGGCUUACUAAUUCCAUCAAUUGUUUUUGUUGUAUGUUACGUCUUAAUCAAAAAAGCUUUAAAAAAACACAAGAAUAAUUUAGCAAUAGCAAAUUCAAGAGUGGUUCGAUCGUCAAGGAAAAUCACGAAUCUACUUCGCAUUCUGUUUUUAUCAUUCACCCUAUGUUGGGCACCGCUUCUUAUAUAUUUUUUUUUGGCUACCGUUACAAGUGUAUUUCCGAACAGUGUAAAGGGUGAUCGAAUUCGAUUGAAGUUCAUUCGAGUUUCUGUGCUUGUGGCUGUUACUAAUAUUUUGUUAAACCCUUUGUUUUUAUUCUUUCACUUAAAGGAACAUCGAGAAGCUUUAAAAGUUUUGUUUCGAAUAAAACAAAUUGAAACUUCUCAAGAAGAUGGUGUUACCAUUGAAACAAUUCAAAGCAUCUGA